CUUUACUCCAGGCUUCAUUAUCCGGCGGCUUCGGAAUGGUUGACCAACAGACCCGAUAUGACACCCGAUCCAUUAGCGCACAUCGAUGGGAGGCUAUGGACAAAUAUCAAUUCAUCACCACCGGGCACCGGGCAUGGUCGCCAGCACUGCAGGAUGAUCAUCCUAACAAGACCCGGCUCGAAACCGGCACAACGUGACGGCGUGAUUCAGCUGUCGGUGAUACCGCCCGGAGAUACUACAUAUAUGCUUGAAUAAAUGUUUGUACUACGCCUCAUCUAUUAAUAAACCAACCGUCCGGGCGCUCGUGCACAGGAUGUCCACGUCCUGUGAGUGACAAGGUCGACCGAUCCCGGCCCACUCCCAGCCAAAUGUGACAGCUGAAACCGCCCCCCACUAGCCAAUAUCGAUCUCCUGCGUUGUAGCCGGAGGGAUAUUGAGUAAUGUCCUGCUGUCUUUGCACGAACAUCGAACACGAGCUAUUCCGCUUUGCCAGAAUCUGGAGGGCAAAAAUCCCGACUCACUUCUUCGGCCACUCCGAUCGUAUGGAUGUGAAGCAAAAACGGAGUAAAGAAGGACAAAAAAAAUCAACAUACAACGUUUGGAUCUCGUUUCGGCUCAGCAAAUACAUUCGACAUGCCUCGUUCCGGCACUGUUCAUCGAUGGAUGUCCAAGGAUAAUGGCAAGCCGCUGGCCAAAUCGCCACAGUACUACCGUGGCCAUCGUAACCGGUGGGACGAAUGUCGCGAACGACACAGCGGACUGUUCGGUGUGGAAUUAUUCCAGUUACGGCUGGUGAUUGAUUGCUGCUUUGCGUCGGUAACGGAGGGCCACACAAAGAACUGGUCCACUGUCCAGUGUCGCAGUUUGCAGUGCUCCUGCAGCAUGGGGAACGGGCCGCUGCCUUCUCUCGGUCUCCUUGGUGUGUUAUCGGGCCGGUGUCCUUACUUUGCCGGCACGAUUCGCCCCGGACGAUGCUCAAUCAAGCUAAUGGGUUCUUCGAUGGGAUUGCGUACAAGAUAAAUUAAUUUACUUUGCUUAGCCAUACGAUAGGGAUAUUACACCCGGCAUUAGAUAGUGUCCGGAUAGUUUAUGCGCCGGGCAUGCCGUAAUUACAAACUCAAUUAUAGCGGACGCAGACGCGAACUGCAUGAACCGCUGCACUAGAUAAAAUGGUCGAAGUCGCUAUUAUCUGUUGCACAAGUGAAUGGCGCUUGUGUGAAUCAUACGCUUUAGUUAUCAAUUUUAUCUAUUGCUUUAUGAAAAGCGUUUUGCUUACAACCAUUAAAAUAAAAUGUCCGCUUUUAAAGGUACUAAAGGAUAACCAAACAGAAUUGGUCAACUUACUAAUAUAAAUUAUUUAACCCUCGUGUAUAUAGUUGUCCGGACAUGCCGAAUUGACAAUACGGUGUCAUAUUUAAACAAGUAAAUAAAUAAACAAAUAAAUAAAUAAAUAAAUAAAUAAAUAAAUAAAUAAAUAAAUAAAUAAAUAAAUAAAUAAAUAAAUAAAAAUAAUAAAAAAAUAAAUUUAAAAUUGUGAUUCAGAAAAUUAAUCAAUACAUCCGAAACACCCUAACAGUCUCUUCUAUUUUUAUUCAUAAAUAAUCCACGACGAGUCUUUCUGUAUAAAGCUCUUGAGCUGUCCCUUAUCGUUCAACUAUCAACAGGAUAUCCGGUACAUCCACUUAGCUCUAUAAAAAUCUCAUCGAAUAGCUUAAUAAUUUAUAGCCUUAAGUCCUUCCUUUCUCAGCUUCUUCAGUCAAGGUCAAAACCUUCCAGGCGCCAGCAGCACCAGAUUAAAUAAUUUGUGCCGCUCAUGAACCGAGAACGGUCAUAAUUUAAAAUUCUGUUUAAAAG